GCGGUCGUUGCUCCUUAACCCAGGAGCCCACUUCUCCGUCACCCGGCUGAGGCGGGAAAUGGAGGAAGAGCUACGGUUUACAAGUUCGAGUCCCAUAUCCGAAAAAGGCUGCUCUUCAACUCCUAAAUAGCACAAUGCAACAUUUAAAUAGGCUAUAUAUUAGAAACGAUUCCCGAGAGUCCCUGGCUUAGACACGACUUGUAUUCUCUCUGGUUCUGAAUGUUUGCAAAGGAAUGGUAGGAAGUGCUAGAGCCUGGGGACACAAAGAGGAAAAGAUACCAUUCUGACUGGAUUUUAAAUCUCAGGAAUUCCGUGCCCCCGAGAGUCCUUGGGGGCGGAAGACAGCGAGCCCAUUCCCUUGAGAAGACUGCUGCUGCCAUUUGUUGAAAGCAAAACAUCCUUGGGACUGAAAUCCGGGUGCCUGAUUCGAGCUGUCACAUCAGCGAAGUAGAGGCUUAAGUGAAUUGAGUUUGGAGAGUCAAUCUGAAUGUCAGUCCCCAAAUCACUCUCACGGAACUCUCCGUCUGGAGGUUCCUAACUAUGGCUCCCCAGAGCCGACCUCCAUCUAGGAUGGCUCCUCUGGGCAUGCUCCUUGGGCUGCUGAUGGCCUUCUGCUUUACCUUCUGCCUCAGUCGUCAAAAUGAGAAGGAGUUUGCGCUGACCAACCCAGAGAAGAGCAGCACCAAAGAAACAGAGAGAACAGAAACCAAAGCAGAGGAGGAGCUGGACACCGAGGUCUUGGAGGUGUUUCACCCGACCCAUGAGUGGCAGGCCCUUGGGCCAGGUCAGGCUGUCCCUGCAGGAUCGCAUGUGCGGCUGAAUCUUCAGACUGGGGCAAAAGAGGUGAAACUCCAGUACGAGGACAAGUUCCGAAAUAAUUUGAAGGGGUUGAAAAAAGGCAAAAGGCUGGAUGUCAACACCAACACCUACACAUCUCAGGACCUCAAGGAUGCACUGGCAAAAUUCAAGGAGGGAGCAGAGAUGGAAAGUUCAAAGGAAGAUAAGGCAAGACAGGCUGAGGUGAAGCGGCUCUUCCGCCCCAUCGAGGAGCUAAAGAAGGACUUUGAUGAACUGAAUGUUGUCAUUGAGACUGACAUGCAGAUCAUGGUACGGCUGAUCAACAAGUUCAAUAGUUCCAGCUCCAGCUUGGAGGAGAAGAUUGCUGCACUCUUUGAUCUGGAAUAUUAUGUCCAUCAGAUGGACAAUGCACAGGACCUGCUUUCCUUCGGUGGUCUUCAAGUGGUGAUCAACGGGCUAAACAGCACAGAGCCCGCGGUGAAGGAGUAUGCUGCAUUUGUGCUGGGAGCUGCCUUUUCCAGCAACCCGCGGGUCCAGGUGGAGGCCGUGGAAGGCGGAGCCCUGCAGAAGCUGCUGGUCAUCCUGGCCACGGAGCAGCCGCUGGCCGUGAAGAAGAAGGUCCUGUUCGCGCUGUGCUCCCUGCUGCGCCACUUCCCCUACGCGCAGCAGCAGUUCCUGAAGCUGGGCGGGCUGCAGGUCCUGAGGAGUCUGGUGCAGGAGAAGGGCACCGACGUGCUGGCCGUGCGUGUGGUCACCCUGCUCUAUGACCUGGUCACUGAGAAGAUGUUUGCCGAGGAGGAGGCCGAGCUGACCCAGGACACGUCCCCAGAGAAGCUGCAGCAGUACCGCCGGGUGCACCUGCUGCCUGGCCUGCGGGAGCAGGGCUGGUGUGCCAUCACGGCGCACCUCCUGGCGCUGCCCGGGCACGAUGCCCGAGAGAAGGUGCUGCACACCCUGGGUGCCCUCCUGGCCACCUGCCGGGACCACUACCGCCAGGACCCCUCGCUCGGCAGGACGCUGGCCAGCCUGCAGGCCGAGUACCAGGCUCUGGCCAGCGCGGAGCUGCAAGACGGCGAGGACGAGGGCUACUUCCGGGACCUGCUGGGCUCCGUGGAGAGCUUGCUGAGGGAGCUGAGAUGAGGCCAGCCCGCGCCACGACUGGACUGGGACACAGCGCGUGAGGCCGAGCACAGCUUGGGUGGGUUCUUCAGGGGACAUGAGGCAGGAGGGCACCAUCUGGCAGUGUUGACUUGGCCAUUAAAUGGAAAGGUGAAGGCC